AUGGCUUCAUUGUUGACGCUGUGUGUAUCAACGCACUGUUGCCGGAAUACUAAAAAAAAUGAAAAUCCAUAUGGUGAAAUUAUUGGUACUUCAACUGCUGAUGCUCCUAUUCCAAUGAUUGUCUCCAGAAAUAAAUCUAAUGGAUCACGACCAAAUCGUUCCAGUCGUCUUUCUUGUCCUAAUUUGAGUCCUCACGAGCGGUCCACCCAUCGUCUUUCUGCUCCACUUCCUCAAUCUGCAGUAUCCAUGAAUCGCGCCUUGCCAAAGCUACCGGAGUCAUCAAGACGACUUGAGAAUGAAAAUGUAAGAGCUAUAUAUUCAACAAUCGAUCGCUGUACGCUCAUCAAUAACAGGGAUAAUUUACUUUUGUAUGGUGAAGGACCUGCAAAUCCAACUUAUGAAUGCAUUGAUGCAGUUCCUUCGUAUUCAAAAUUAGAAAAUGGUGGUCGAUCAACGAAACGAUAUGACUAUCCUAUGUUUGCUUUGAACAAUUGUAAAGUAGUUACCGCUGAUGAUGUUCUCUAUCAGAAUGCUUCGCAGAUUUAUACCGGUGUUAGUGAAGAUACUUACAGUUCAAUAGCAGGCGGGGAAGCGAAUUAUGAUGUUGGUUACAGUCAUGUUAGUCAACCAACAAAUACUUGUCUUACUAAUUCGCAAACAACAAACCCCUCUCUCGAUCAUCUUUAUACUCGAAUUCGAAGAGGGCCAUCAACGAAUAGGGCUUCAAAUCCAUCAACUUCUCGACCGAUGCCUUCGAAUGAUCCAACUUCUGAGUACAUUUCAAGUGGAAGUGAUAAAACAAGUCGAGAACCGUCUUAUCGCUAUAUAACAGUUCGCGAAAGUGUUGAUGCCAUUCGUCAACGCCUCUGUGAAUUCAAUAAUACUUUGUCUCAAGAUCAUUCUGUUUUCGUUGAGGGGGACGGUUGUGAACGAGUUCGGGAACACUACUAUUCAUCAAUCGGUGGUGAUUACGAAACGUUACAAGUCUCAUCGGCACCUAUCAACCAAUCCGUUGUAUAUCCAAAUAUUCGUUCUACAUCCAGCGCUCAUGAAGAUCUGGAGUCUUUAUUGGUAUCUAAUUCUGUUAGAAUCUUUGAAAAUUCAGUGCCAAAUCCGCCCACCUCUCCAAUACCGUUGCAUACUGGCUAUCCAAAAAGUAGUACUAGUAUGCAAUCAUCUUUAAAUUCUCAAAGUUUUGUCUUUGAGAUGAAAGGAACAACAAAUAAUGCUGUUAACUGCUAUAGUACCGCUGAAAAAAUUCGUAAAUUGCGAACGAAUUUUUUCGACGAGGAACUGCAGCCAGCACGAAAUCUAGAAGAACCUUCAUCUGUUGAUAUUCGCUUUGAGGAGAUCUCUAGCACAAGUGGAACGUUAAAAAGGAUUAUUACAUCUGCAACUGAUGGAAAGUUUUCUCUUAAAGGCUCUACAGAAAAUAUCGAGAGCCAGUCAUUAACAAAUAUUGCUGAUAUUAAGCGGUGUAUAUCAACUUUGAAUUGGGAAAGUGCCUUUGUUCAUGGUAUACCAAAAAAUACAUCAGUUUCUGCAGAUUUUGGAUUAGGAGAAGUUGCUGAGCAAAGUAUAGUAGGUGCUGGCAAAAAAUCAAGACGUCACAGUUUCCAUGAAGCAGUCAUUGCCAAGAUGACUCAUUCUGAUAACAGUGAUAAGAAUUUACAGCAAACUUCAACACUUUCGUUGAGUGAAAUAAAACCUGGCACUUCUUCACCUGCUUUAAUGGAACUGCUGCAAAAUAAAGAGGAAAAUGAAGCCUAUAAUAUUCCCGAGAAAUUCAUCUCAAUAAACAAUGAAAAGAAUAAUUCUCACACUUCUGUGGUAUCUCUGGAAAUCUCUUUAAAUGAUACUAGUGACAAAUUGAAAAGAGAAUUAUGUUCCCCUCAAGAUACAUUUGGAUUAGCAUGCAUAGAGAAUGGUAUCGUAGGUAAUGUUUAUGAUUCUAAUUUAAUCAGUUAGAA